AUGGACAUUAAAAUAUAUUUGUUACUUCUGUUCUAUGUGAAAUUUGUGAGGGAAGUAAUAUUAACUAAGGCUGAAGAAAAUAUAGAUAGUGGUUUAAUAAAAGAAUUAGAGGAUGAUUCGGAUCUUGAACAAUCAAAAUUAAUGGAUAGUUUAUCCAAAAUAGGUCAUGGUUUACAACUUACUGAUUCAUUUCAACCAUUUUCAGAUAUCUCUGAAGAAAAACAAGAUGAAAAAGAAACUGUAACAGAUGGAGCUAAAGUAUUAUCGAUAAGGAAAGGUGAAAACUUGGCACAGUUACCUGAUAAAACUGAUUUAACGGGAGUUGGUGUUUCUGACUCUAGAAAACAGGGUGUAGCUAGAGUUUCAGCUGCAGAUUUCAGGUUUGGAGAGCCUCUGCCUUUAGUUAGAGAGGAGGAGUUAUACAUGUACGAACAUCCAUCGGAAGAACUUAUAUUAGCAAUUCCAAUACCUACAAUGAAACCAGAACAACAAUUUAAUACAAUAAGACGACUUUCUGGAUCCAAGUAUAAAGGAUUACCAAAGGCUCAUCAAAACGAAAGGUCAAAUGUUAAUUGGUGUAAAAUUGUUGCUUCGAAAGAUCCUGAAGCUAUGACAAAAGCCAAUAGCAUGUAUAGGAUGAUUCAAGUUGACUUAAUUAGUAUACUUGGAGGAAUAGGAUCAGGUGGAUCUUCUAGUAACCAAGGAUCUUCGGGAAACAAACUGGGUUCAGGUUGGACACAACAACAUAUUUGCGAGGGGAUUUUUCUUUUGAAUACUUAUCGUGGAUAUGGUGAUUGUGAGAGAAUUUUUAUUGAUCUUUUGGCAAGAUUUCAUGGUCAAUGGAGUCUUUUUUACAAGAUGUUUAGACAAAAAUUCCGAGAAAUAUGCACAGAAGUAGGAUAUAGCAAGGGGCCAUGGGAUGUCAAUAACGAUAGAGCAUAUUCUCAAUAUACUGUCUUAAGGUCAGCAAAGAAACCUAUCAAAGUUGAAUUAUCUAAAGAAAGAAAGGAUUUUGUUAGAUUACUUAGGACUAGAAGCGGUGUAUGUAGCUUGUUAUCACAUACUCUUAGGGAAAGAGCUUUGAGACUAAAAACUUCUGUUGAAAGUAUUUCCCAAAUCAAACAUAUUACCCAGAGAAUUAGCUUGGCAGACUACUGCGAUAUAAUCCUUGCAAAACAAUCAAUUAUAGAAUGUGCGGAAGCUCUUACAACCUUUUUCAAGCUUAAGGCAGAAAGCCAUUUUGAAUCUAAUGAAAGGUAUCGUUCAAUAAGGUCUUUAUUAAUAAAAGCUUGUAAUGAUGCUCUUUUCCAUGAAAAAGAUUCAAACACAAAGUCAGAAAAAGCUAGCAAUUACGAUCGAAUUGAGAAUAAAGAAUAA